CACCUAGCAUUGAUGUUGAUGCGGUGUUUCAAGUCAACCGCAAACAAGAGACAUUGGUCCCAGUGUCCUCACAUCUUCGUUUGAUAGUCGGGUUCCCUACAUGUGAUGCUCAUCUUGGGGAUGACCACAGUCCUGCACCGUGACGCGAACUCAACGCUGCUCUGACAUCACCUUGGACCGCAUCCUUGCCUCCGAUUAUCUGACCAUCUAUCGCAGCAUUGCAGGAUUCUCUGUCAAGUGUUAUACUUCCACUUUGGAUAUCAGUUAUUGAUUUGCAUAUCCUUCUCUACCCACUAUCUCGUCCACUUUGCUGAUCGCCUCCUAACUCUGACUUGAUGAGUUCCGGAUCAGAUCCUGCCACGGCCAACAUGUCUACCGCCUCGCGCGCUAUGCUGGCCAAAGUCCGCCAGAUUGUGCCUCCCAUGUUGGAAAAGUUCCACAAAGGCCAGCUUGGACGAGUGGCCGUCAUCGGCGGCAGUGCCGAUUACACGGGAGCACCGUAUUUCUCUGCCAUGGCAUCGGCUCGACUUGGCUGCGACUUGUCAUAUGUCUUCUGUGAGCCUUCGGCGGCCCCUACGAUCAAGUCCUACUCACCAAACCUGAUGGUCUCGCCGAUUUUGAGGUCGACUGCCUCGAUUUCGCCAGCCCAGAAAGACAAGGAUGCGUCUGGUGAGGAGCUCGCCAAGCCGAUCCUGGAUAUGCUUCCCCGUCUACACGUGCUGGUUAUCGGACCAGGCUUGGGGCGAGACACAGUCACUCAGAAGCAAGUCAAGGCCGUGAUCCAGGCCGCCAGAAAACAUGAUCCCCCUGUACCCAUGGUCCUUGACGCGGAUGCCCUCUGGCUCGUUCAAACAGAUCCCGACAUCAUCAAAGGUCACAAGGAAUGUAUCUUGACUCCUAACGUGGUGGAAUUUGGCAGGCUCGCUAAAGCCGUUGGGCUAGAUCAUCAGAAUUCUGACCCGGAGAAGGCAUGUCAGGAGCUUUCCAAAAUUCUCGGUGGAGUUUGUAUCAUCCAGAAGGGCGCCGUCGACUAUAUUUCCCAAGGCACCCAGACUACGAUCUCGGAUUUCCAGGGUGGUUUGAAGAGAGCAGGUGGCCAGGGCGACACAUUGACAGGGUCGCUAGGCACGUUUCUCGCUUGGCGUCAAAUCUACCACGAGGGGCUUUGGGACAUUGAAGGGGACAAGCUGAGUCGAGAGGAAACCCUCCUUGUUGCGGCGUUUGGCGGAAGUGCCAUCACAAGGGAAUGCUCCCGGCGUGCGUUCGAGAAGAGACAGCGCAGUCUACAAGCAAGCGAUCUCACCGAAGAGGUACACAAUGCCUUCUUGACGCUCAUCGGAGAGCCAGGCCAAGGCCCCAAGCAGAAUUUGUAGCUCACUUUCGAGUAUGACAAGGUAUUCCAAACCUCAGAUAGAUGUUGCGCAGUAAACAGUGUAUUCUGGUUGUGA